GAUCAUGUUAAAAGUUCAUCGUGCUCUGUGUGAUGUUACUGAUGCUGUCAGACGACACUAAAUAUUAAAAUUAUGUUACGACGGAACAGAUCGAAGAACAGAAUGAUUGCCAUUGGUCUCGUAGUGUUGGCCACUGUAAUUUAUAAUGAGUUUCUAGUUUAUGAUAUACAGAAGUUCAAGUGGUCUGCACGAGAGUGUUCAGAAUGCGUGAAAGUAUUACUUGUUGCCGAUCCCCAGAUACUGGGUGAAAAAACAGAGAAUUAUUUUGGUGCUUGGAUAGCACAGUGGGAUAGCGAUAGGUACUUGAAAAAGACAUUUUCAAGAGCCUUGGACUAUUCUCAGCCACAUGUUGUUGCAUUCCUUGGAGACCUUAUGGAUGAAGGCCAUAUUGCUAAUGCAGAAAGCUUUAGGGCAUACAAGAGAAGAUUAGAUUCUAUAUUUUACAUGCCUGAUAAUAUAAUGAAAAUUUAUUUGCCAGGUGACAAUGAUAUAGGGGGUGAAGAAGAGUCUGUCUCAUUCAAUAUGAACAACAGAUUCAAUUUUGCAUAUACACAGUCUGACACAUUAGUUUAUAAGUCAGUGACAUUUUUCAAGGUAAACAGAUUAACUCAUACAAUGCCAGAAGCUCCAAAAGAUGCCUUCCUUAAUGAUUACGCAGAGCGAAACACAACAAAUGUGGUGCUUAGUCACAUGCCUUUAUUGUUCAUGCCUGGUACUUUUGUGCAAAAUGUACUAAAAGAAUUGUCGCCUCAAAUUAUUUUUACUGCACACGAGCAUAAAGCCAUGCAUAUUAGUUUAGACACGGCAACAGACCAGUUAAGCGAGAUUUGGAUAUUACCACCUUACGAAACACCUUUGUACCAACUGAGAAUGGAUGUAGGUGAUAUUCACGAAGUGCAAAUACCCACAUGUUCGUACAGAAUGGGUACACCUCAUACAGGAUAUGGCAUGGCUUAUAUUGAUACUCAAGAAAAAACGAUGGAAUUCAGUAUUUUAUGGUUACCAGGAAGAUUUCCGCAACUGUGGAUUUACAUUUUCGUUGGAAUAUUCAUUGUAGCGUUCAGCGUUUGCGUUUAUAUAUCCAGUUGCUGCUUAAAGAAUCAUGCAGGUUACACUCGUAUGUCAUCGAUUUAA